AAUCCAAUGUAAAGAAAAGAUCAGGGAAUUCUCUUUCUUCCGUUCGAGUCUAUACGACGAAUAUCAUUUAUGACGUGCGAGGUGUGGUUCCAAACGUGGGUAGUAGGCAGAGGUAGGCUCCUCCUCUCAUGGUUAUUUAAGUGAGAGAUCAGACAGAUUUAAGUGAAAAAAGGCUUGCGGAUGUGAUCAAAUAAAUAGGAAAGAUGGUUUAAAAUUUGGUCGCAUGAGGGUUUUUGAAAAUGAUGUCAAUAUUUGAGAAUCGAUUAUGUUAAACUAAAACUGUGUCAUGACUUUAUAAGGUUUAUUGUAACAGUAACGUUCAUAGUGGCGAAUUCGUGGAACCAUAGCAAUAAGUAAACAAUGGGCGAUAAAAGCUGAAGAGUCGUUCGUUCGAAAAACUUCGAAGUCUGCAGCUUGGAGAAUAUGUUUAGUGGUAAGGGAAGACGGUGGUAGUGCGCGGGCAUGUAAAUAUUAUUGUUUGUCGGUGGUUUUUAAUGAUCGCAUUCAGCAGAUGGCAAACGAUGGGAAUUCCAGUCUGGCAUCGCAUGAAUUCGCGGUCGAGUAAAUAUCGUUUAGAUGGAAAAUUUUUGUUGAAAGGAUUAUGAUAUAUUGCGAUUUUUGUGACGAUGGAUAAUCGCUAAAUAGGAUAAUAAAAUUUCAUAAUGCUCUGAGGUGAACAUAUUAGAUCUAUCAACACAUAAAUAUUCAAAAUAACAAUACUGUCAAAUUAUUUCACUCAUUCCUGGUACGAUCAACAAAACUCGACGAUCCAACAUAAGACUUCAGAUUUGAUGGUACCAGUGAAAUCAUUCUCAGGAAAGGAAGGAAAUCCAAAUUCAUCAGCUGAUAAGAACAAAGAUGAUUGUGAUGACGAUGAUCGGAAGCUAUGCAUGCUUUGACAACGCAGUCGCGUUUUGCAAAGAAAUCCACAUGGCAGCUAUUUGUUACUGUAUGACCGUUCAGAAUAUGGUUCGCGGUGAAUUAACUUUGCUUGAAUACUAAUAUUUAUUUCUUCUCUCUGUAGUGAUUUUGUCGUUUAGUAUAGUAGCACCACCUUUGACCACGCUGACAGUCGUAAGUAAACCGAGUUGAUAAAGUAUUUAAAUGAAUUGAACCGCCGGAUCGCCAAAUCAGUUGGCCGCGUGUUGUGCCGCGGAGAGGAUCCACGUCUACAGAGAGUCGGCUAUGAGAGUAAACAUUGGAUGAACAUUUUAGCAGUUUGAGUGUAAUUGCUGUAGCGGUGUAAAAUUUGCAAAAAGCUGUCUUACUUCGGAAGUGAUUAUCAAUAGUGGUGAUUUAGUGGCAAACUUGGUCUGGUUGCAGGGAAAACCGAGGCAUUUUAGUAAAAGUGUGAACACUACUGUCAGUGAUGAAGUCAUUAUUUAUAUUUGCGACGGUUAUGGUCGCUGGAGCAUUCGCGCUUCAAGAUGGACAAGUAUGUGAACCGGGAAGUAACUUUAUGGUGGACUGUAAUGUUUGUAGGUGUUCUACUGAUGGUAAACUGAUGUCAUGCACUAGAAAGUUUUGUGUUCCAGAAGAACAAGGAGAUGAUCCAAAGGCACAACCGACAGUGGCCUCAGCAGGUGAUACCGGUGAAAAGGAAGAGGAACACCUGCAAACCAACGGUCAAGUGUGCACACCCAAUGAAGUGAAGAUGGAGGAUUGCAAUCGCUGUAAGUGCGCCGCCAAUGGAAUUGGAUGGUUUUGCACUCGUAAAGCUUGCAAACCAAGGGAAAAGCGCGAUGUCUCUGUUCAACGGUCAACGCAAAGUUGCACUCCUGGGACUUCUUUCAAAAGCACAGAUGGUUGUAACGAUUGUUUCUGUACUGAAACAGGAAUCGCCGCAUGUACGAUGAAAUUCUGUUUUCCCAAAGUCAAGCGCGCAGUUUCCGUUCGACGAAAACGAGCUGUUGAGAAGAAAUGUGUUCCAGGAAGCUCGUUUAAGAGUGCCGACGGAUGUAAUGAUUGUUUUUGUACCGAAACAGGAGUCGCUGCCUGUACCCUGAGAUUCUGCUUUUCUAACAUCGACCAGGGAAUUUCCAAUCGACAAAAGCGAGAUGUUGAGAAGAAAUGUGUUCCAGGAAGUUCGUUCAAAAGUGCUGAUGGUUGUAAUGAUUGUUUCUGCACCGAAACAGGAAUUGCUGCUUGUACGUUAAGGUUCUGCAUUCCAGCGAGCAAACAAGAUGUUUCUGCUCGAAGAAAACGAGAUGUUGGAAAUAUGUGUGUUCCGGGAACUUCCUUCAAAAGUGAAGACGGGUGUAACGACUGUUUCUGUACGAAAAAUGGAGAAGCGGCUUGCACCGAAAAGCUUUGCUUGCCAAGUAAAUUCAAGCGAUCGAAUGAUGAGAUACCUCGAUCAUUGAUUCCGCCAUGGUCGCCAGAUUUUUCAUGUGCACCAUCCUCGAAUUUUAAAUAUCAGUGCAACAUGUGUCGUUGUGAUAACACAGGAAAGUCAGCAGCGUGUACGUACAGAGCUUGUAUCCCUGGUGAAUAUUAAUGUGCAAACGUUGAGUCUAUAUUUGAAUAAUACUGCUCUUUUGAGGUGCAUAGUACUGUUAAUUUUGUAUUAAGCGAUCAAAAUAAAU